AUGCAGGGCACUCAGUUACGAAGCUAUACUCUCGCAUUACUGCUAAUUACAAAUGCAGUCAGAGUUGUUGCCGCGCAAUUCGACUUAGCGAACUACACUUUGAUAAAUUUUCUGCAGGAUGUGCAACGCCAAGACAAUUUUGAGCAGCUGGUAUUCGCACACAAUCGUAAUGCAACUGAAAUAGCGACAUUUGGUGCAGCCAUGAAGGUCGGCGUUGAGAGCGAACUUCAUGUCAUAAAAGAUUCUCGAAAUAUGGAUGAGUCACAAUUCAUACGAGAUGCAAUGGUCGAUUUGGGUAUACCAGUUAUACUCUUAAGCGAGCUGAGCAAGGAUUUUUUAAAGCAGCAUUUCAGCGCUGCCUUAAUGGUGGUGGUCACAGCCCGCUUCUUCAGCUACAACCACUUUCCCGACUUUACGCUGGAGCACAAGUCUUUCAGGCCAGAUCUUCUCCACCACGGUCCCAUCUAUCCACAACGUCUCGGCGAUCUACAGGGCUACAAAUUAUCCUUUAUAAUGGGUGGCUCUGAUCCACGCCUUAUUGUCUACAAUUAUAAUGGUGCCAGAAUAUUAGGCGGCUUUGCUGGCCACUUUCUCACUACAUUUGCAAGCAAGCGUAAUUGCACGCUCUACGAACCGCUGCCUGCUCCGUCGAAUACACGUUUUGCGCCUGCGCGAGAUUUGAUUGCCGCAGUGCGUAAUGGCACCGUUGAAAUUUCAAUUGGACUCACUUUUCCGCAGCGUCUUUCAUUUGACGGCUUCACUUAUCCCUACGAGCACGUGAAUUGGUGCGUUUGGUCACCAAUAGAGCCAGAUAUACCUAAUUAUGAAUUCUUUUGGAUCGUUUUCGAAGGUUUAACCUUCGUUCUGACGUUGGCUAUAAUCUUUGUUAUUUCACUUGUACUAAGUUGCGCGCUCUGGCAACAUGGCAAAAAACCGGACACACUGCAUUUCUUCAUUCAUGAUGCAUGUCUACGCGGUGUAUUGGGUCAAUCUUUUCGAGAGAUACAGCGUGCUCCCUUUGUCGUACGCUUUAUUUAUCUACAAAUCUAUGCACUCGGCAUUUUGCUUACCACUUCGUACAAUGCAUACUUUGCCACAUAUUGGACGAGUGCACCGAAGCAACCACCUCUUCGCUCUUUCGACGAUAUUCUCGCCUCAAGCAAGAAAGUUUAUAUGUUUGCACCAGAGUACAAGGAGUUAUUCGAUCGCGCCGAGGAUUUGCGAAAGUACACGCCAAUGGUUCAGGUAGAAAGCGAUUAUCAUCGAUAUCUAAGCACUCGUAAUGCAUUCGAUACGAAGUAUAUCUACAUGAUACCAACAACCAAGUGGAACAUCUUUAGGGAACAACAAAAGAUUUUCACUACACCCCUUUUCCGUAUGCGCCACGAUUUGUGUCUCUAUCAUAAUAUUCCGUUGGGUUUUCCCAUACACAGCAAUUCGAUAUUUGCGCAGAAGCUAAAUGAAAUGAUUUUAGAAACUACUGAGUUUGGUCUUGUCGAAUAUUGGUCACAGAUUUCGUUUAUGGACUUGAUCAGAGCAGGUCGUUUGAAAUUUGUAGACUUGAGUCGCAAAAAUGAAUUCCGCCCAAUGAAGGUGGAGGACUUAAAAUUGGUCUGGAUAGGCUUGGGCGUUAUGUGCGUGGCGAUGGUUUUCGUCUUUCUCACAGAGCGAUGCUGCUAUUAUCGACGCAAACGGAAAACUACCGAGCGCUGA